CCAUAUAGAAAAUUAUAAAUAAACAGCGUAAGUGUCGCUUGGAACGACAUCAAUUAUCAAAAGACCAUCUCACCAGCUCACCAGCUCACCAUCAAUGUUUCAAACUGUUGAUGAUUUUUCUAUGUACAAUUUACAAAUUGCCAUUGCCGUCUUAAUCAUUCGGUCCAAGUAGUAAUAAAUUUCAAAGAGUCCUGUUAGAUAUGGUGCAAUUCAAUUUCAUCUCUUCGGAUUUCGAUAAUAAAGUAAUCAAGGGCUUUGUUGGAUCCCAGAAUCUUUGAGACAAGAACAGUAUUGUCUCUAAUCUGAUUAUAAGAUGUGAGAACGUGAUCGCGAGAUGGUGGUGAAUUGGUGAUCGCUCUACGAAAGCGAAAGCUUCCAGCUGGAGGAGACCUGAGACCUGAGACCUGAGACCUGAGUCCUGAGUCCUGACUCUGACCUUCUCUCUGUCUAUGUUUUUCUGUCUUCGACAUUCGAAGACAAAACCCUAGGUCAUUCAUGACGAGGGGGAAAAACCUUUCUUCGUGGGGAUCUGCAGAUGUUGCAUAGAGACUCAUUCCAAACUUGCGUCUCUGCUUUGCGUUUGGGACGGAUUUCUGUUUUACUGAUUAGAAAUUUUUUUGUGGGAUUGUGUUAAAUUUUGUUAUUAUUUGAUGGGAUGACAUUCGAGAAAGGAUACUUGUCUCGUCGGAGAACGAGGUUUGCGAGGAAGGAGAUUCGGAGAUUUGGUGGAGACUUUGGAUUUCAGAUUGUUUGAGAAGCGGAGGAGGGAUGCAAGUUUCAGGGAGAUUUUGGGACGUGAAUCGCUUAUGUUCCGCCGUCUCCAAUUUUUAAUUGGUAUGAAUUAUAAGAUCUCGUCUACGAAGAGGUUGCUUAAUGCAAAGAGAAAACCGUGUAAGCCUGCUAUGUUUGAAACAGUACAAGAAGUCGCCAUCUACAUACACAGGUUUCAUAAUCUCGACCUUUUCCAACAAGGAUGGUACCAAAUUAAAAUUACAAUGAGAUGGGAGGACACUAGAUAUACCUCUCCUGGAACACCUGCGAGAGUCGUUCAGUAUGAAGGGCCUGAUUUGGGGUUUGAUGAUGUCAUUGGAAUAUGGAGGAUUGACGAUAAGGAGAACAGUUUCUCUACACAGCCUUUUAGGAUCAAGUAUGCUAGGCAGGAUGUUCCUCUAUUUGUCAUGAUCUCUUUUAAUCUACCACUUGGAAAAUUUGAGGCUCCUGCCAAAUCUGCUGUGAUUUUGAAGUUUGAGCUUCUGCAUGCUCCAAUACUGGAGAAUGGGUCCGACUUUCAAGCAUCUUUGGACGCACUUCCUGCUUCCAUCCAUGAAUUCCGGAUUCCUCCCAAAGGCCUUCUGGGUUUGCAUUCAUAUUGCCCUGUUCAUUUUGAUACUUUCCAUGCGGUGCUUGUUGAUUUAAGUGUGCAUGUCACUCUACUGAAAGCUGGAGCCUACACUCCUCCACGGAAGGUAUCCAGGUUAGCCAGUGAUUCUCUUACAGUUGGAGGUGUUGCUCGUGAAAACUGUGAUAAGUCCAAUCGAGUGUUGGACCAAGGGGCUUAUGGGGGUUCAAAACAAAUUUCAUUGCUGAAAGCAUUGUUAAUUGCUCGUGACAUACUCCUAGAAGAACUACAGAAUCUUAGCAAGGCCAUAGAUCAAAAAGUUGAUUUGACUGAUUUUAUCUCAAAUAUGGGAAUGAGACACGCAGCAAGUGAGGCACAUAAUGGUCUUGAGAAAUCAAAUGGCAUUAUUGAUUUUGUUAGUGAUGAGGUGCUGCAAUCUCUAAAUAAGGAGAAUCUGUCAAGCGCUUUCAGUUCAGUGGCAAACCAACUUUCAUUUUUGUGGAAUGCAUUUCUAAAGUUUCACAGGGCUAACACAACCAAGAUACUGGAAUUCCUGCGGGAUUCAUGGGCCAAUGAUCGUAGAGCGGAGUGGUCAAUAUGGAUGGUCUACACUAAGGUUCAGAUGCCCCAUCAUUAUUUGAGAAGUGGAAAUGAUGAUUCAUCUCAACAUAGUGUACGUGGGAAAGUUUCAAUUGCGAAGAGAUAACCAGCUGAGACUGCACAUGCACGUGCCGAGCUUCAUCGAAGAAGUAUUGCACAAAUGAGAAUAAACAAUCGGUCAAUUCAAGAUAUGCAAAUCUUUGGUGAUCCUUUACAUGUCCCUCUUUUAAUUGUGGAACGGGUUGUGAAUGCUCCAUUCCGUACUACAAGUGGCAAUUCCUACUUCAGCUCUAUGGACCGGAGGGAUACGUCUUCCAUAAUUGUGGAACCCAGCAUUAGGACCGUAAACAAGUUAUGUGCUGCUGGCCCACACAGAAAUGGUCGUGUUUUGAGGGUUGUGGUCUUUGUGCAUGGAUUUCAGGGACAUCAUCUGGAUUUACGGCUUGUUCGGAAUCAAUGGAUUUUGAUAGAUCCUGGAGCAGAAUUUCUCAUGUCAGAGGUGAAUGAAGAGAAAACAUCUGGUGAUUUCAGAGAAAUGGGUUCAAGACUGGCUGAGGAAGUGACUUCUUUUCUUAAAAGGAAAAUUGAUAAAAUGUCAAGAUCUGGAGGCUUCCUAAAUAUCAAGCUUAGCUUUGUUGGGCACUCCAUUGGGAACAUCAUUAUAAGAACUGCCUUAACACAGGGCGUGAUGGAACCAUUUCUAAGAUACCUUUAUACAUACUUAUCCAUAUCAGGCCCACACCUGGGCUAUUUGUACAGCACCAACUCUUUAUUCAACUCUGGGCUGUGGGUUUUGAAGAAGCUCAAAGGAUCACAGUGUAUUCACCAGCUUACCUUCACUGAUGAUUCAGACCUUCAAAACACUUUCUUCUACAAGCUUUGCAAGCAAAAGACAUUGGAGAAUUUCAAGAACAUAAUCCUGUUGUCGUCACCCCAGGAUGGGUAUGUUCCUUAUCACUCUGCUAGAAUUGAAUUAUGCCAGGCAUCAUCAUGGGACUACUCCAAAAAAGGUAAAAUCUUCAUGGAGAUGCUAAAUAAUUGCUUGGACCAGAUACGUUCCCCCUCCUCUGAACCCCGAACAUUCAUGCGAUGUGAUGUCGACUUUGACACCUCUUCCCAUGGGAAGAACUUGAAUACCUUCAUUGGUCGGGCUGCUCAUAUUGAGUUCCUAGAGACUGACAUUUUUGCGAAGUUUCUAAUGUGGUCAUUCCCAGAGUUAUUCCGAUAAUGGUGGUGGAAGACUUUGAACUUCUGUCCAUUUGUUAAUCAUCUCUCCAUAGAAAAACUCAACAGAACCCUUUCACCAGCUUGGUCCAAUUUUGGAAUCAAGGAAUGGAAGUUGGGUGAGACAUGGUUAUGCCAGGUGAAUACUUCCAUCCAUGGCAUCUCAAUGAUUUUGACAGACCUCAUCUUGGAGUUGAAUGUUUGGAGGAAUUGUAUAUGAUUCAUUUUUAGGUAGGGGAAAUUAUUUCAUUUAGUUAAAGGCAAAUAGAUUUGUAAUUAUUUAGUAGGUAAUUUAGAUAUACUGUGAUUCUGCUUUUGGCACUUGACGAAUCACUUUAGGAAGUUGGAACAACUUUGGAACUCAGAUCAUAUAUUGUAAUUUUUGGAAGGGGGGCUGUUUAGAGGAAAGGGUUGUAAUUUCUGCAUUCAA